CCGCCGGCGGCCCUUGGACCCGGGCGAGCCGCACCGCGCCGGGCUGCGCCGAGCCGAGCCGCGCCGCACCGCACCGCGCCGGGCCGAGCCGAGCAUGGCGGCGCCCGGGCAGAACCUGGCCGUGGUGGUGCACCGAGCCGGGGACCUGCGCCUGGAAAACCGGCCGAUCCCAGAACCGGGUCCCAAUGAAGUCCUCCUGCGGAUGCAUUCUGUUGGGAUCUGCGGGUCUGACGUUCACUACUGGCAGCACGGUCGGAUCGGGGAUUUUGUUGUAAAGGAUCCCCUGGUAUUGGGGCAUGAGGCUUCCGGGACCGUCAUCAAAGUGGGAUCAGGAGUAACUCAUUUGCAGCCAGGUGAUCGAGUGGCCAUUGAGCCAGGCGUCCCGAGAGAAAUAGAUGAGUUCUGCAAACUUGGACGCUACAACCUCUCUCCAACCAUCUUCUUCUGUGCAACGCCUCCUGAUGAUGGGAACUUGUGCUGCUACUACAAACACAGUGCCAGCUUCUGCUACAAGCUUCCAGAUAAUGUCACCUUUGAAGAAGGGGCCCUUGUUGAACCGCUUUCUGUGGGAAUCCAUGCCUGCCGAAGAGCUGGAGUCACUCUGGGAAGCAAAGUCUUCGUGUCUGGCGCGGGACCAAUUGGCCUUGUUAACGUGCUUGUUGCUAAGAUGAUGGGUGCAGCAGUCGUGGUAGUUACAGAUUUAUCUGCCUCUCGCCUGCAGAAAGCCAAGGAGAUAGGGGCAGAUUUCACCAUUCAGGUAAAGAAUGAGACUCCACAGGAGGUGGCUUCCAAAGUAGAAAGUCUGCUUGGCUGCAUGCCUGAGAUAACUGUGGAGUGUACAGGAGUGCAAGCCUGCAUCCAGGCUGGCAUUUAUGCCACUCGUUCUGGUGGGACCUUGGUGCUGGUGGGACUGGGGCCUGAAAUGGUCACUGUACCCAUCGUUAACGCUGCUGUGCGGGAGGUGGAUAUCAAGGGGAUAUUCCGCUACUGCAACACGUGGCCCAUGGCAAUUGCUCUUCUUGCGUCCAAGCGCAUAAAUGUCAAGCCCUUGGUCACACACCGCUUCCCCCUGGAAAAGGCUCUGGAAGCAUUCGAGACCACUAAGAGGGGUGAGGGAAUAAAAGUCAUGCUGAAGUGCGACCCCACUGACCACAACCCCUGAGAUGCGGAGGUGCCCGGCCCUCUCCCAUGUUACACUGCCUGUAUGUGACUUGACGGAUGAGGCCACGGGAGGCCGAUGUAUGGCUGUUGCAUGUUCUCAUAGUCACCUUAUGCAGGCACUCCUUUGUAAUAGAGCUAUAAAAUCAAACUACAAUAAGGGUGUAGGGCACUGAGGGAUAGUUGCAGCUAACUACAAAUGAAGAACCACUGGGAAAUAGUUUGAGGCAAAAUGCUGCUCUUUGAUUAGAGACCUUGAGUCACACAGUUGGCUCUUCUCCAGCAGACCACAUGCUCUGAAGAGUGUGGGUUUCUCUGCGGGUGUCGGGCAGAGCCCUUCCCUUGUGUGUGCUCUGAGAGGCGCCCAUGUGGCCCUGCGGGUUUGUCUGCAGACAGACGGUGGGAGGACUGAAACGCUGGUGCUAUGCCUUCCGGCCCCAGUGCUGCCCUGGGAGUGUGCUUGCCACAGGUCUUCCCACGUACAAAUCCCUGGGCACAGGAUAGCCGUACUUGAAUACUCUGCCUUCCAGUGGCACGUUUCCGUGAGGAUGCUCAGGGAUUUUAAUAGCCUGUGGAACAAAGUCUGGCCAGCCCAUUUCUGUGGAAGUAUCCUUACAUUCAAGUAAUUCCCUCCAUGCUCUUUGCAAAUAGCUCUGGAACAAACUGCAGGCCUAAAGCCUAGGCACCAGGGCUUUUUUGGAGAAGCUAGUCUGGAGGCUGGCUGUGGCUGUAUCUGCCAUUUAAUCCCCCCACAGCAGCUCCCAAUGGGGCAAAACAGGCUGUGGCAGAGUAGGCUGGAGUGUGUUUGCAGCAGAAGUGCCCUGUCUCCAGCUGGGAGUGCAGAGAGCCCGGUCCUGCCUUGGGGGACCCACAGAUGCAGGUGGCCGGGGACCCGAGAAGGGGCUGCUGGCAGGGGCACAGGUUUCCUUUAGCGUCGAGGGAUGUAUGGGAAAGAGGUGAGGGGACGGCAUCACUCAGAGGUUUUACCACUGCAAAGGAAUCGCAGCUCGAUAUCAGAGCUUCCUGCUGAGUUUGAGAGCCAUGAAUGAGGUACUAGUGUGGCGGCAGGUUGCAGAUAACAAAAUCACAUUGUAGAUUACAGUUGUCUUAAUUCUAAUACUAGGAGAUCAAUCCAAGAACCCUCUCUUGGGCCGGUACCGAACUUUAUCCAAUAAAUGCUUCCUACCUGA